AUGGUUCAGCUGAAGGGAGCAAUUAAAACUGUAGAAAAAACGGAGGACGGUGAUGCUGGAGUCACACCUGAGGGUACAGAUGGCGUCACAACGGACGAUGAGAGGCCAACACCUGGUCCUGACGACGACGCCAUAACUGAAGGUGCAGGGGAUGCCAUAACGGAAGAAGGUGCCACGCCAGGUCCUGAAGACGCUGCAGAGUCUGAGGAUACAGAUGUCGUAAAAUUGGAUGGAGAAGACGGAGAAACCCCCGAUGAUGAUGUCUUCCCGACCCCUGAGACUAAAGAUGGUGCAAAGCCUGCCGUGGCAGUGGAAGGAGAGGGCCCUACGCCGAGGCCUGAGGACGCUUUGCAGCCUGACGACAAAGACAGUGUUACAACUGACAGAGAAGACGGGGCAGCCCCUGGUGACGAUAUUCUUCCGACACCCGAAGGUGUCGAUGGCUCAAAACCUUCCAGUAAAGUGACAGAUGAAGAGGGACCGACGUCGCAGCCUGACGACUCUGUACAGUUAGAGGGUAAAGACACUGUUACAGCUGAAGGAGAAAAAGAUGAAACAACUGACGAUGAAGUUCUUCCGACAUCCGAAAGUACAGAUGUUGCAAAACCCGCCGAUAUUCUGAGACCUGACAUAAAAGACGGAGACAUCACCGACGAUGAAGAAGCUCUAACAACCGAGAGUGAAGUUUCUGAGCCAACAGAAGGACAAGACGAGAGGACGUCAGAUGAAGAUGCUGCGAAGCCCGAGGGUACGACCCCGGACAAAGAACACGACGCGACGGCGAAGGACGAUGAGACCCCGAAGAAAGAAGAACUUACAGAAUCCCAUGAAGGAUCCGGCGUAGAGGAGGAGGGUUCAGCUGAAGGGAGUGGAACAGAGACGACCGAGGAAGGAUCUGCAGAGGGAUCCGGAGAAGACCACGAGGGCUCGGGUGUCGAGGAGGAGGCUUCAGGAGCAGAACUAGAAGGAAGCGGGGCAGAAACCGGCGAUAAGAAAGACACACAAGUACCUGGCAAAGAUGGCGUGGCACCAGACGACGGGGGAGAUUCGCCUCUCAGGGCUGAAGAUAUCAGAGCGCCCGUAGAUGAUAUGGAAGGUCCGACGCCCGCCGGGGACGUCGACACAACGUCCGAGCCUGACGUCAGUGCAAUACCCGGCGAUAAAGACGGUGUAACAACAGACCCAACAGGAGAAGACGUGCCUGGAAUCGAAGACGGUCCAACGACUGAUGCUGAAGAUGACGGCGUGACAACACAAGAGGAAGAUGGUGUUACAACAGACGAGGCAGGAAUUGAAGAUGACCAAACGCCUGCUGGUGAAGAUGUGACAGCUGAAGGAGAUGACGGAAGAAAACCUGAGACUGACGACAGCCCUACUCCAGGGACUGAAGACGGCGAAAUUCCUGAUGAUAAGAAGAGUGUCACAACGGAAGACGGAGAAGGUCCCACAGAAGAAGCAGGCGAGGAGGAUAUCACACCUGAAGGAACAGGUGUGGACGUGUCUGACGAUGAAGAACUUCCAACACCCCAGACUAAAGACGGUACAGCAGCUCAGGGUAAAGACACUAAGACUGAUGAAGAGCCAUCUAAGACUGGGGACGGUCCGACCUCAGCCAGCGAAGCUGUUGCAAAGCCGGAUGGGGAGACAGAUAAGGAUGAAGAUGGUCCGACUCCAGAGAGUGAAGAAGGUACGAAACCAGGAGAUGGAGAACGUACUACACCGGAAAGUGAGGACGGUGCAAGACCCAAGGAUAAAGGGCCACCAUCGACGGAAGGUGAGACAGAUACGGAAGAUGUUCCGACUCAAGACAGUGAAGAAGUUACAGGGACGGAAGGUGACGACGGCCCUGCGCUAACAAUUGAUGAUGUUACAGAUGGCGCGAUCACUGAAGAUGAUGAGACAAAAGAUGGCCCCACACCUAUUUCACUGACAGAAGAUAGAGACGGGAUACCCGAGGAAGACGAGCCAACACCUGCCACCUCAGAAGAGACGAAUGCCACGGUCUCUAAGACAACGGACGGAAAGGCACCAGAGGGAAAGCAGCCAGCAGAAACCCACGAAGCCUCCGGCGCUGAGCUUGAGGGCUCAGGUGAUAAAAUCGAAGGGAGUGGAGAAAAGGAUGAAGGAUCUGGAGUAGAAAUGGAGGGAAGUGGUACAGAAGGAUCUGGAGAAGACCACGAGGGCUCGGGUGUCGAGGACGAGGCUUCGGGAGCAGAGCUAGAAGGAAGCGGGGCAGACACAUCACGUAGAAAAGAUGAUAAAGCGCCUGGGAAGGGCGAGAAAAGUCCGACACGCGAUGGUGACGUGCCCGCUGAGCCGUUGCCAUUAGAAGCUACAACGUCGGUAGGGCAAACUGACGAUUCUGUAGGAGGUGGGGAAUUACCAACUGAGGCGAUUGCCGCACCUGUCGGAGAUGGUGACGAACAGCCAACCGACGGAGCGAAAGUAAAUGAAGAAGGGCAACAAACUUCCGGAGAGGCGGCAGAUACGGCUACUGGGGCAACGGAAACUGCAGACACAUCUAAUGGAGAAGCUGCGGCCACAGAAGGACCAGAAGCAGACACUGCGGGAUCGGAAGGAGACGACGACACUGUAAAGGGAGGUGACACAGCAGACGCGUCUAAUGGAGAAGAUGUAGCUUCGGCCACAGAAGCACCAGAAGCAGACACUGCGGGAUCGGAAGGAGACGACGACACCGUAGAGGGAGCUGGGGGUGGUGAGGUUCCAGAGGAUGACCUGGAGCCAACUGAUGGACGGGGACCUGCUGAGGGGGCACCAGGAGAAGGUGACAGUACAACGCCAGGGGAAGACAAAGAUGAGACAUCCGAAGACGGCGUCCCUGCAACUGGAGAAGACGACGAACUAACAUCAGAUGAUGGAGAGGAGGAAUACGAAGAACCAACGGAUGUAACGGCAGAUACAACAGAGAAAUCAUCAACGAGUAUUGAGGAUACAACGGAAGGUACCGUAGAAACUGCGGAAAUUCCCGAGGAUGCAACGAAAGGUGCCGACGGAACACCGGAAGGUGCCGAGGAUUCAACGAAAGGUGACGAAGAGAGACCAGAAGAUACCGAGGAUACAACGGAAGCUGCCGAUGAUCAAACCGACGGAGACGGAGAGGAACCUACUGGAGAUUCUGUUGUUGAAGAUUCUGAUUCGGAUGGAGAUGCGACAAAGACGGGAGAAGACGACGGCGAUUCAGGAAUGAGCGGAGGAAUAGAACCGGAGGGUUUGGACCACGCUGCAGGGGAGUUAGGAUCAGGGGAUGCCGGGUCAGCAGAAGGUCCGGUAGAGGGUUCCGGCACGGAGGUGUCACCGCAGACGGGACCGGAGGAGGACGGGUCGGGCUCGGGUCUGGGUCAGGACAUGGAUGGUUCUGGAUCGGGGGAUGACACGGGAUCCGGCAUGUGGGAGGAAAAACCGAUCAACGACGGGUCCGGGGAUUUCCCUGUGUUGGAUAAAGUGUUGGAACACCUGGUGAGACAGAACGACGAACUGGACCAGCAGAGCAAGGCCAUCGACGCACUUAAGGACUCCUACGUGAAGAAGGAACAAGUGGCUGAAGUCGUACAGAACCUGCUGGAGGAGAUUCUCGCCUCUGAUCAGCCCAAGUCUAGAGUCCGUCGAGCUGUAGGUGAGGAAAAAGACGAUAGACCCUGCAGCUGCCCUCCCGGCCCCAGGGGACCACCCGGACGGGACGGUAGUGCCAAAACGGCGCCCCCUAGCGGUGCAGUGUUCACGAGAUGGGGGAGGGCGGAGUGUCCCAAGACUUCAGUACUUGUGUAUGAAGGCACAGCCAGCGGGUCCUCCUUCGACGAACCGGGCGGCGGCGGUAACUACUUGUGCCUCCCUCGGCAGCCGGCGUACAGGGACCCGACGGAGGGCACCCAGCCGUACCGGGCCUACCUGUACGGGGCCGAGUACUGGGCAGUAGACCAUGCUAAACAGGACACUCUACACAGGAAGACGAUGCCGUGCGCGGUGUGCAUGUCCACCGGACGGGCGGCCCAGUUCACCAUGCCGGCCCGAGACGACUGUCCCGCCGGCUGGACACGAGAGUACCACGGGCAUCUCAUGUCCUCACACUACAAACGAUCCAGAACACAGUUUAUAUGUGUGGACGGCGAUGCGGAAGGCGCAGAAAGCUCCUCCCGGUUACGGAAAACCUCCCGACUCGUUCCCGUGGAGGUGCGGUGCAGCGAGGACGGGCGGACCGGGUCGUCCUUCCCCUGCGGGCCGUAUCAGAACGGCCACGAGCUAACGUGUGCCGUCUGUACAGCGUAG